AGUGUUUUUAUCAGUAUUUAUCAUCACAACCUCUUAUUGUUCAGACUUAGAUAUGGUAUUUGACCCUACUUGUAUGUGCCCCUGUAUCAAAAGGACUGGCCUGAGCUUGGCCCUCCCAUUUAAACUGGCCUAUAACCGCCACUGAAAGGUGCCUAUAAAUACAAUGCAUUAUUAUUAUUAUUGUUGUUGUUAUUAUUAUUAGUAGUAGUAGUAACUGAGUUGAUCAACAGUACCUGGACUUCCUAUGGCUCGUGAGGAGGAGGGCUCGAGGAGAGCUCGUGCUGUGAUGGGACUAUCCGUUAGUAGCCUACCCACACAGCCUCCUCCUCUUCCAUCAUGGCUCCGUCGGCAGAAAGGCAAGGAUACUGGGGGCGGCCGACCUCAACGCUGGACUGGUGCGAAGAAAAUUAUGUCGUCUCUUUUUACAUCGCGGAAUUCUGGAACACUGUCAGCAACCUGAUCAUGAUUCUUCCUCCCAUUUAUGGGGCCAUCCAGACAAUUCGUGACGGCCUUGAGCUUCGCUACAUCUGCUCUUUCCUCGGACUUGCGGCUGUUGGUGUUGGUUCCUGGUGCUUCCACAUGACACUGCUAUAUGAGAUGCAGUUACUGGAUGAGUUGCCGAUGAUUUACAGUACAUGCGUCUUUGUCUACUGCCUAUACGAGUGUUUCAAACAAGAGAAGGGCAUCAGCUUAUUUCCUAUUGCAUUAUUAUUCAUCUUUAGUGUCUCAGUCACUGUGGUAUACUUACAGUGGAAGGAGCCAGUAUUUCACCAGGUCAUGUAUGGUGCUCUAGUAGCUUGCCUAGUGAUGCGAUCUAUCUUCAUUGUUACAUGGGUGUACCCAUGGCUCAGACCGCUGUGCUACACCUCCUUAGGAGUCUUUAUGUUAGGGUUCCUACUGUGGAACAUUGACAAUAUCUUCUGUGACAUAUUAAGAGCCAGAAGGCAAACACUACCCCCUGGUGUUGGAGUAAUCACACAGUUCCAUGCCUGGUGGCACAUCUUUACAGGCCUUGGAUCCUACCUGCACAUACUUCUCAGCCUGCAGAUCAGGUCAACCUACCUCAAGUACAGACCAAAUGUAAAGUUUCUUUGUGGAGUUUGGCCCACGUUGCACAUUGAACCACAGAAGACAAGUUGAAAUGAAAUGGAAGGGGAUCAACUGAAGAAUGACGACUGCCAUAUCCAGACACCUUCGGCACAGGGACCUGCCAGUGCCUGCUGCUGAGAACUCCACACAGCUAGGGGACAGGUAGACCCCAAGGUACCACCCCAGGGACCCUUUGCUUCUGCUGGGAUUUUUUUUUCAUAAAUCAUUAUUUGUUAGAAUUGGGUUCUGUGAUCUUAUUCAGGUGUAAUAAAUUCAUUUGCUUAUUCAUUUUCAAAGCAAACAUUACGUGUGAUCUGCUGCAGUGGUAAAUGUUGAGGGGAGUUUUGGUGUUAUCUUAAUUAGGGUUUGGGAAAAGGGAAAACUGUCAUUCAAAAUUUACAUCAGAAUAUUUUUUUGUUAUGAUUCUUCUUCUGUAGGUAUUCAGAUCUCUUCCUGAACUAAAAUACAACUAAGAUUCUUAUUUAUGUGUAGUUUUACAAGUUGCAGAGGGAGCUCUACUUAUGACAUAGUGUUGUCAUAUCCCAUUUCAAGGAGUAUUGUCUUGUUUUUGGGACAGAAACUGCCAACUUGAAAGGGAAAGUGAUACUGUGAUAUUGUGGCUCAGCUGUCUUGACCAGGAGAUCCUCCUUCAUUUCCUUGGCCACAGGCUUCAUUUUUACUUGAAAUUUACCUAUCAAAACAUGCCAAGACUGGAAUGAAAAUUCCUUUGUUUUUUCCUUUGCCAAAGUUGUUCUGGGAUUUAAAACAGUCAUGUAAUGUGAGAGACAUGUUAAAGCCUUUCCUUGUUGUAUUCAAGAAAGAGAUGCAAUUCUCAUGGUUUUGUUAUACAUCAUCAUAUGGAAUUUUAAUUUUGUUUAGGACAGGGUUCCACAUCUUUUUUCAGGCAUAUAAAGUAAGUUGAACCACUUUCUACAGCUCGAGCUUCUGUAGACAGAGAAACACUUUCACAUUCUUUAAAGUGAUACUGCACACAAAUUUGUGCUCUGUGAAGGACUAAAAUUUUACAGCCACCCCUCAAGCCCACAGGGGUUGAGUACUGGGUUGUAUAAGACUCACAAUGAGCCUCCCUCGGUGUGUGUUGUGUUAAGAAACCUGUUUGUUGGGGUGUGACUAACAUCUGCAUGGUCUGAUCAAAUACUGUAAAUGUGCAGAAACGUCAGUAGAAAUGCAUCAGCUCCACUAUAGAUAAUUGAAGUCCAGCGAAUGAAGCCAGCUAGAAAGACAACCUGUUUAAGAGGAAGAUUUCCUAUUUCUAAUUGUUAAUAUUCAAUCAAAGGACCAAGCAAAUAAAUGGGACAUGUCUGAAUGAUUGCAUCUUCAUGAGCUGCAGGAAAUGGGCUGCCAGACACAGCCAUUUCUGAUAAGACUUUCUGCCUCCUGCCUUCAUAACAUCAAAUCUCUUCAAGAUUUGCUGUUCUGUGAGAAAAAAGAAAUGGAAGUGAAGGUCCUUCCCUUCUUGUCAGAAAAGUACUUCAUUAAAGACGUGUUGACAUUGUUUUAUCUACAGGUAGUGAAGACUUAAACAUAUCCAACAAUACUACUACAUUUAAUGUAUUACACUCUUAUUUAUUAGUCCUUUUCUGGUCUAUUUAUUCACAUCAUUGCAUCCAGGUGAAGAGUCCAGCGGCACACAUGCACACUGAUGGGGAAUAUCUUUGUAAAACAGUUUAUGAUCCAACCACUAGAUUGCAUACUUUUCCAGCUUAUUUCAGACAUUGCCAAACAUUCCAUUGUACAUGGAGGAACUACUGUAAACCCACUGUAGAACUCUUUGAAUCUUGGACUCAGUUUUCAUGUACUGCAUCUGUGGUGUGAAAUGAAGGGCUUUGCAUUUAACAUGUUUAUUUUGCUGCUGUGAAAUCAUGGAUAUGUAAUUGAAACAAUAGAACCUGGAGCUUGAAGUAACUGUUUGAAGAUGCACAACAUCUUUGUUGUAUGGAGAUAUUUGUAUUUGUGUGGCCUCCUAAACUGCUGUGUGCAGGGAUAUCUCCAGACAACACGAUACAUUCAUAUUCUAUUAUACUUACAUGCUAUGUAACUAACCCUUAUAUGUUUGGGUAUAACAAUGUGAACCCAGUGUUACAAACAUUCAUAAGCACAAUGUAUGAAAGAUAACUAUUGUCCAAAUGUCUUUGUGGAAUCUUUAAUGUACAUUACUGUCUUGAAAUGGCUGCUCAUCAGUAAAGGUGAGCUGUUGUCAAGGAGGGUGCCUUAUUGUUGUAGUCCAAGUGAUCCAAGUUGCCUUGAUGUGCAUGAUAAACAAACCAUUUAACUGUCCCUUGUGUGCCCGUCCUCUGGUUCCAAGCAGUUUUGCCAUGAGGACAAACACUAUCGGCUUUAAAUGCAAAGUCGGUACCCGAUUCUUUGGCCUCUUAUUCAUUUCAUGUGUCCAACGUUUUAGUUACAGGUUGUUCUAAUGAUGUUAACUGUAGCUGUAAGUGAAAAAAAUGUAUGUGUUGAGUCCAGAGGAGCAAACUCUGCUCUUCUGGCCUCUAUCAUCAACUCUAUCAAACGCUGUGAUUUUUGUUGAACUUCAUGUGCCAGUCUUUACUGAUGCCCUGCAUAGUCAAAUAAAAGCAAAUGUGUCAGACAG